CGGUCACUCUGGCUUCGGCUCUGUCGCUGUCUCAGUCACCAGGAGGAAGACGGAGCUGGCUGUCCAGCCCAAAGGCCCAUUAGGGGAUGCAGCUAUGGGCGCUGUCGCCGUGGGAACCUGUUUGCUUCAUUCUAAUGUGUGCCUACCUUUGCGCCUUGUAAUCACCUUUAUGUCUCAGAUUGUUAUUUUGUGUCAGUAAGUAAUCCAUAAAGUGCCAACAUGGGAAAGAAACGGACAAAGGGAAAAACUGUUCCAAUUGAUGAUUCUUCUGAAUCUUUAGAACCUACGUGCAGACACAUUAGAAAAGGAUUGGAACAAGGUAAUUUGAAAAGGGCCUUGUUGAACGUGGAAUGGAAUAUUUGUCAAGAUUGUAAGACGGACAAUAAAGUAAAAGAUAAAUCUGAAGAAGAAACGGAAGAAAACCCUUCAGUUUGGCUAUGUCUUAAAUGUGGCCAUCAGGGCUGUGGCAGAGAUUCUCAGGAGCAGCAUGCAUUGAAGCACUAUAUGACACCAAGGUCUGAACCUCAUUGUCUGGUUCUUAGUUUGGACAACUGGAGUGUAUGGUGUUACCUAUGUGAUGAUGAGGUCCAGUAUUGUAGUUCAAACAGAUUGGGUCAGGUGGUUGAUUAUGUUAGAAAACAAGCUGGAAUUACAACUCCAAAAUCAGCAGCAAAAGAUGGUAACAUUGAACUUGAAAAUAAAAAAUUAGAAAAGGAGAGUAAAAAUGAACAAGAGCGAGAAAAAAAGGAAAACUUGGCUAAAGAAAAUCCUUCCACGAAUUCUGCUUCCCAAAUAACUGUGAAAGGACUCAGUAAUUUGGGAAAUACAUGUUUCUUCAAUGCAGUUAUGCAGAAUUUGUCACAAACACCAGUGCUGAGAGAACUACUAAAAGAAGUAAAAAUGUCUGGAACAAUUGUAAAAAUUGAACCACCUGAUUUGGCACUAACUGAACCCUUAGAAAUAAACCUUGAGCCUCCAGGCCCUCUUACUUUAGCCAUGAGCCAGUUUCUUAAUGAGAUGCAAGAGACCAAAAAAGGAAUCGUGACACCUAAAGAACUCUUUUCUCAGGUCUGUAAAAAAGCAGUACGGUUUAAAGGCUAUCAGCAGCAAGACAGCCAGGAGCUGCUUCGCUAUUUAUUGGAUGGAAUGAGAGCAGAAGAACAACAAGUUAGCAUAUUUCGGCCCAUAUAUUUUAUGAUCCCAUCUUCAUUAACUUGUCUGUCAUUUGAGAGAGUGAGUAAAGGAAUUCUUAAAGCAUUUGGUAAUUCUACUGAAAAAUUGGAUGAAGAACUAAAAAAUAAAGUUAAAGAUUAUGAAAAGAAAAAAUCCGUACCAAGUUUUGUGGACCGCAUCUUUGGUGGUGAACUAACUAGUACAAUCAUGUGUGAUGACUGCAGAACUGUCUCUUUGGUUCAUGAAUCUUUCCUUGAUUUGUCUCUACCAGUUUUAGAUGAUCAGAGUGGUAAGAAAAGUAUAAAUGAUAAAAAUUUGAAAAAGACGAUGGAGGAUGAAGAUAAAGACAGCGAGGAAGAGAAAGAUAAUGACAGUUACAUGAAAGAGAGGAAUGACAUUCCCUCAGGAACAAGUAAGCACUUACAGAAAAAAGCAAAGAAGCAAGCCAAAAAGCAAGCCAAGAACCAACGAAGGCAACAAAAAAUUCAAGGAAAAGUUCUUCAUUUAAAUGAUAUCUGUACCAUCGACCAUCCUGAAGAUAAUGAAUGUGAGGUUGAAAUGUCACUUCAGGGAGAAGUGGAUGUUAAAUCCAACCAUAUCUCAGAAGAGGAAAUCACACAUAAAGAAUAUUGCGUUAAUCAGAAAGAUUUGAAUGGCCAAGAAAAAAUGAUAGAAAAUAAAACUGACAAUCAAAAAUCCACAGAGGAAGUAGAUAUGAGAAAUGUCAACAUGGAUAAUGAUUUGGAGGGUCUGGCCUCUUCUCCCACUGAAUGUCCUAGGAGUUUAAAUGGUGCCUAUCUGACAGAAGGGAGCAGUGGAGAAGUGGACAUUUCCAGUGGUUUCAAAAACCUUAACUUGAAUGCUGCUCUUCAACCUGAUGAAAUAAAUAUAGAGAUUCUGAAUGAGAGUCAUUCUCCUGGGACCAAGGUAUAUGAAGUUGUAAACGAAGAUCCAGAAACUGCUUUCUGUACUCUUGCAAACAGGGAAGCUUUCCAUACUGAUGAAUGUUCAAUCCAACAUUGUUUAUAUCAGUUCACCCGAAAUGAGAAACUUCGAGAUGCAAAUAAACUGCUUUGUGAAGUAUGCACCCGGAGACAGUAUAGUGGACCAAAGGCAAACGUAAAAGGUGAAAGGAAACAUGUUUAUACCAAUGCCAAAAAGCAGAUGCUAAUCUCUCUUGCUCCUCCUGUUCUCACUCUCCAUUUAAAGAGAUUUCAGCAGGCUGGUUUUAACCUACGCAAAGUUAACAAACACAUAAAAUUUCCAGAAAUCUUAGAUUUGGCUCCUUUUUGUACCCUUAAAUGUAAGAAUGUCGCGGAAGAAAACACAAGGGUACUUUAUUCCUUAUACGGAGUCGUUGAACACAGUGGCACCAUGAGGUCAGGGCAUUAUACUGCCUAUGCAAAGGCAAGAGCUGCCAACAGUCACCUCUCUAAUCUUGUUCUCCACGGUGAUAUUCCACAAGAUUUUGAAAUGCAGUCAACCAAAGGGCAGUGGUUUCACAUCAGUGACACGCACGUGCAAGCUGUGCCGACAACUAAAGUCCUGAACUCACAGGCGUACCUCCUAUUUUAUGAGAGAGUACUAUAAUCGUUUCAAAAAGCGCUUUCUCCACAAACAAGUUUAUAGCUUUUAAAGUGGCUCUAAUUAAUAAUAAGCGAAGACUGACUGUAAAAUCAUGUUUAAUAAAGAAGCGAAGACUCUAAGAUCAUGUUCACUUAAAUACAUGCCAGAAGAAAUGUUUAUUAAAAUGUUGAAGGGAAAAUACCUAAAAAUUUACAAUGGUUUUGUAUUGUCAUAGUGGUUUUUAUUCUUGCUUCCAGUUUCUGGAAAGGAUUUUGAACCCCAGUCCUCUGUGCUUAAGUAUGUCUGGUUGAUGGGUUGUAACACAUCAAUAAAUCGACUUACCCCCAAA